AUGGCCAAGAAGAAGAAGCCCUCCACCAGCACCACAGCGGGGACCUCGAAAGUUGAUCUAAAGUCGCCCUUGUCACCAACGGGAAAGGAUAGGCCGCCCAUCCCAUCGAUCUUCAUACCGCCUACUCCUAGCCCGUCCACCCAGGGUCCCUCUUCAGAAGAGAAGCCGAAUCUCAGCCAUGCAGCUUACACGACCCCGCCAGCCUCCCCGCCGUCCCAGAGAGCCCCCCUACCGUCUGUUUCUGAUGUCAUUAACUCGCCCAAGUCCCCUGCCGAAGAGCUGAAUCUGAAUGCGACAGCCAUUGUAUCACCAGACCUCCUUGCCCUUGCCAAUUUCCAGGCCUCCAUCAAGCAAGCGUUGGCGAACUUAUCCACCACGAUCGGUGAGCUCGAAGAGCAAAGCAGCCGCAUGCAAGAGCUGGGUGUGGACAUCAAAGUCCAUGAGCAAAUCGACCUCCUUCGCGUCGAGGUCGAAAAGCAGAUUGCUCGUCAGAAGGCGGAUCUUGAGACUGUUGAGCAAACACUAGCAGUCAAGGUCAAGGCUGCACUCACUGAAUUGAUCAAGGAAAGGAUGCGCGAAUCAGUAAGAGAGACCAUCUCGAAACUUGUCCAAGACAAGGUUCAUGGAGAGUUAAUGGCGCAAAUUCCUGGGGAACUGCGGGAGAAGUUGAUAGCUCAUCAUCGUCAGAUUGAAGAGGUUAAAUCCAGCAUCCACAAUUCGGAGGCCCGGAGAUAUAACGCUAGUCUACAGUCGGCCUCAUUGGAGGUUCCUCUUCGACCAUUAUUGAGACCUCUUCCUACCCCGGAGCAAUCUCCAUACCCCAACCUUGCUACUUCUGUUCCUGCACCGGCACCUACACCUAUCCGACGUUCCACAUCAGCGUUCUCCGGAAUGUGUGGGCCCAUAUCUCGAAGCCAGAGUUACCAACACAACAACCAUAGCGUAGCACCGACGCCUUCGGCUCUGUUUCCCAAAGAUCUGAAGUCUCUAUUCGCACUCGGUCCUGAUGCGACGAAAAUUCUAUUGAAGGAAUAUGGAUUGGAAAGCACCACACCGUCUCCGACCGCAGAAGAAGCGAACCUAGGGGCACCCAAAAUGCAAAGGAGGGCGUCAUCGAACAAGUCCAAGGCGGCAACAGCUGCCAGUCAGCAACCUAGCAUUCCCGAAGAAUCUGAUGUGGAGGAAGAAGACGUCCAGCUGGAAGCUCAUGUUCAAGAUAUGAACAAGUUCAUGUCACACAUUGGCGUACCCUUCCUCAUGGUACCACCACCGAAGCGCAAAGAAACGAACGCGGAGAAAAGAAGGAAACUGGCCCCGCUGAUCAUCAACACUGCACCGUUUGUCCGCUGA